AUGGAGGUCUCGCGUGGUGUGCCUAUAGCCACGUGGUCCUGCGGACAAUGCGCGCGCACAGUUCCCAAUCCCUACGCCAAGACGCCACACCCAACCGUGCUAGAUCACCAUCGGCCAUCGAGCACAAUACCCACGCUCGAAGGUAUGGCAGGCUGGUUUAGCUGGGUUAGUGGGAAGCGAGACAAUAAAAAUACUGCACGAGAUGCGAUUAUUGGGCUGCGUGAACAGCUGCAUUUGAUAGCAAAGAAGGAGGAGCAUCUCCAAACCAAAAUUGAUGAAGAGCUUCGCAAAGCGAAAGACAAUGUGACGAGCAACAAGCGUGCUGCGCAAGCUGCGCUCCGGCAGAAAAAGAUGUACGAGACAGAGCUGGAUCGUCUGGCCGGAAGCCGCAUGACUCUGGAAACACAGGUGAAUGCGAUCGAAAAUGCUAAUAUGAAUCUGGAGACGAUGCGGGCCAUGCAACGUGGUUCAGCUGCUCUCAAACACAUUCAUGCGAAUAUGGACAUUGAUAAAGUCGACAAUACCAUGGAUUCCAUCAGAGAAGAGAUGGCUCUUACAAAUGAGAUUUCCGAGGCCAUAUCAAACCCUGUGGGCUUGGGACACGAGCUAGAUGAAGAUGAAUUACGAAACGAGCUUCAGGAGCUUGAGCAGGACGAGUUGCACAAUCGGUUGGUCGGUGCGGAGGCUGCGCCAGCGCAUCACAUUUCUACGCCAACUCAAUCUGAUGCGACGAAAAAUGCACACGCCGAUUCAGUGGAUGAAGAUGCUGAACUUCGCGCAUUACAAGCUGAAUUGGCCAUGUAA